AUGUAUUCCGGCGGUGCAACCGGCACUCACACUCCUCGAUCCUCCCAGAACCUCCGACCUCUCAUCCUGACACAUGGCUCGCUCGAAUACUCAUUUCUGAUACCCACCGGCCUGCACUUCCAGGCGUCACAGCUAAAAGAUGCGUUCAUCACCUCUCUCCCUGCACCUACAGACGAAUUGGCUCAGGAUGAUGAGCCCUCGUCAAACGCCGAACUGGUCGCCCGUUACAUUGGCUUCAUUGCCGCUGAAGUUGAUGAGGACGAGGAGGCCGCCGGCUUUGUUGAGGUGCUCAAAGUGGCUUUGAACGAGUUCGAGCGAGCAUUUAUGCACGCCAACGACGUACAUGCCUUGGCUGCAACCCUCCCCGGGAUCACGGCGAAGAAGAACCUGGUGGUUCAAUGCUACUACGCUGGCCGCGCCGCUGUGGCACGACCCAUCAAACCGCACGACUCGGCAUUGCUGAGGGCUGCUGAUGACGAGGAGGCCAACAUUUUCACGGUCUUUGGUGGCCAGGGCAACAUUGAAGAAUAUUUUGAAGAGCUGCGCGAGGUCUACACCACAUAUCCGUCCUUUACCAAGGAUUUGGUCGAGUCUUCGGCCGAACUGCUGCAAACCCUGGCCAGAAGCCCGAAAGCAGACAAAUUUUACACCAAGGGUCUCGACAUUCUCAGCUGGUUGGCAGACCGAGAAACCCAGCCGGAUACGGAGUACCUAGUGUCUGCACCUGUUAGCUUGCCCUUGAUCGGGCUCGUCCAGCUCGCUCAUUAUCAAGUGACCUGCAAAGUGCUAGGCAAGACCCCUGGCGAGGUCAACGAGCGCUUCAAUGGCACCACAGGUCAUUCGCAGGGCGUCGUCACCGCCGCGGCCAUUGCCACUGCCACAUCGUGGGAGAGUUUUGCAAAGGCGGCCCGAGAAGCCAUCACCAUGCUCUUCUGGAUCGGUAUGCGCAGUCAGCAAGCCUAUCCUCGCACGAGCCUGGCCCCUUCAAUCUUGCAGGAUUCUCUCGAGGCUGGCGAGGGUGCUCCGACGCCCAUGCUCUCUGUCCGCGACCUGUCUAAGAAACAGCUCCAAGAACAUAUCGAAGCCACCAACGAGCACUUGCCCAAAGACCGGCACAUUGCCAUUUCUCUGGUCAACAGUGCUCGCAACUUCGUCAUCACUGGCGCUCCAAUCUCUUUACAUGGUCUCAACCUCCGCCUGCGAAAGGUUAAGGCUCCCACCGGCCUCGACCAGAAUCGUAUUCCCUUUACCGAGCGCAAAGUACGCUUUGUGAAUCGAUUCCUUCCAAUCACUGCUCCUUUCCAUAGCCCUCUGUUGAGUGAGGCCUACAAACUCAUUCUUGAAGAUCUCAGCGACCUCAAGAUUCCUGCUUCGCGCCUGACCAUUCCAGUCUACGACACCAACACCGGCGAGGACCUCCGCGCCCAGCAAGAUAAAGACGUGGUCCCAGACCUCGUGCGCAUGAUCACCCAAGAUCCUGUUCAUUGGGAACAAGCCACUGUCUUCGAGGGCGCCACUCACAUUGUUGAUUUUGGCCCUGGAGGCAUCUCCGGCCUGGGUGUCCUUACCAACCGAAACAAAGAUGGCACAGGUGUUCGGGUCAUUUUGGCUGGCGCUAUGGACGGUACCAAUCCUGAGGUCGGGUACAAGCCAGAGCUCUUUGACCGCGACGAAGAACAUGCCGUUAAGUACGCAACAAACUGGGUCAAGGAGCAUGGCCCGAGACUUGUCAAGACUUCAGUGGGCCAGACGUAUGUCGAUACCAAGAUGUCACGCUUACUGGGAGUUCCACCUCUAAUGGUUGCUGGCAUGACCCCCUGCACAGUCCCCUGGGAUUUUGUUGCUGCAACCAUGAACGCUGGUUACCACAUCGAAUUGGCAGGCGGUGGCUACUACAAUGCCAAACAGAUGACUGAAGCGCUUAACAAGAUUGAAAAGGCUAUUCCUCCUGGGCGAGGCAUUACUGUCAACUUGAUCUAUGUCAAUCCUCGUGCCAUGGGCUGGCAGAUUCCACUGCUUGCUCAGCUACGUGCCGACGGCGUCCCGAUUGAGGGUCUGACCAUCGGCGCAGGCGUGCCGUCGAUCGAAGUUGCCCAAGAAUACAUUGAUACGCUCGGUAUCAAGCACAUCGCUUUCAAGCCGGGCUCCAUGGAUGCCAUCCAAUCGGUCAUCAACAUUGCAAAGGCGAAUCCGACUUUCCCUGUAAUUCUGCAGUGGACCGGUGGCCGUGGUGGCGGUCAUCACUCUUUCGAAGACUUCCAUCAACCAGUCAUCCAAAUGUACGGCCGUAUCAGGAAAUGCCAGAAUAUUAUCCUCGUGGCAGGCAGUGGAUUUGGCGGCUCAGACGAUACGUACCCGUAUCUGACUGGUACCUGGUCUCGCAAGUUCGGCUAUCCUCCAAUGCCGUUCGACGGCGUGUUGUUUGGUAGCCGAAUGAUGACCGCGAAGGAAGCUCACACCUCUACCAAUGCAAAGAAGGCCAUUGCUGAAGCUGAGGGCGUCGAUGACAGCGAGUGGGAGAAGACCUACAAGGGGCCCACGGGAGGUGUCAUCACUGUCCGAUCUGAGAUGGGCGAGCCGAUUCACAAGCUCGCCACUCGAGGUGUGAAGUUUUGGGCCGAGAUGGAUCAGAAGAUCUUCAGCCUCGACAAGAAGAAGCGGGUCGCGGAGCUUAAGAAGCAGCGCGACUACAUCAUCAAGAAGCUGAACGAUGACUUCCAGAAGGUCUGGUUUGGCAAGAACUCCGCAGGUGAAACAGUUGACCUCGAGGAUAUGACCUACGCCGAAGUCGUUCGACGGAUGGUUGAGCUCAUGUACGUCAAGCAUCAAUCUCGCUGGAUUGAAGUCACUCUUCGCAACCUCACGGUCGACUUCAUCCGACGUGUCGAAGAACGGUUCACCGUUGGCUCCGGCAAGCCAUCUCUUAUUCAGAGCUAUGCGGAGCUCGAAGAUCCAUUCCCAGUCGUGGACAAGGUUCUCGCCGCCUACCCUGCUGCAGAGACUCAGUUGAUCAACGCACAAGAUGUCCAACAUUUCCUGCUGCUGUGCCAACGUCGCGGCCAGAAGCCAGUGCCAUUCGUGCCUUCUUUGGACGAGAAUUUCGAGUUCUGGUUCAAGAAGGAUUCUCUCUGGCAGUCCGAGGAUCUGGAUGCUGUUGUUGGUCAAGAUGUUGGCAGAACUUGCAUCCUGCAGGGGCCUAUGGCUGUCAAGUACUCGACCAAGGUUGAUGAGCCUAUCAAAGACAUACUGGACGGAAUCCAUCAAGAUCACAUCAAGGGUCUCGUGCAGGAUUUCUACGGCGGUCGCGAAUCCGCCGUACCUGUCAUCGAGUACUUCGGCGGGAAGAUCAUUAGUUCCCCAGAAAGUGUUGUCGAGCUUGACGGUGUCACCGUCAUUCCGGACGGCUCUCGAACUACCUACAGGCUGUCGUCAUCACCGUCCGCCACUCUGCCGGACGUCGACGCCUGGAUUCAACUUCUUGCCGGGAAGAACUACUCAUGGCGCCAUGCAUUCUUCACAGCCGAUGUCUUCGUUCAAGGUGCUCGGUAUCAAAACAACCCCAUCAAGCGCAUCCUAGCCCCCACUCGAGGCAUGACUGUCGAAAUUGCCCAUCCCAAGGAUCCUUACAAGACCACAAUUGUGGUCAAGGAGCCUGGUCAGUCCGGCAAGCUGGUCAAGACUCUCGACAUCAGUCUCUCUGGCAAGAAUGAGAUCUUGAUGAACAUGUGGGAGGAGAGGACGGCCGAAGGUGAAGCGGUUGCAUUGCCGUUCCAAUUUAUUUACCACCCCGAGACUGGCUAUGCGCCAAUCCACGAGGUCAUGGAUGGCCGCAACGAUCGCAUCAAAGAGUUCUACUACCGUAUUUGGUUUGGCGAGAAGACAGUGCCAUUUGACACACCCACCACCAAUGUCUUCGAUGGCGGCAAAGCAACCAUUGUCACUCAAGACGUUGCCGACUUCGUUCACGCAGUCGGUAACACAGGCGAGGCCUUCGUCGACCGGCCUGGCAAGGAAGUGUUUGCUCCCAUGGACUUUGCCAUCGUCGUGGGCUGGAAGGCGAUCACUAAACCUAUCUUCCCCCGAGCGAUUGAUGGUGAUCUGCUCAAGCUUGUUCAUUUGUCUAAUGGCUACCGCAUGCUUCCUGGAGCUGAGCCUCUGAAAGUCGGCGACGAGCUUCACACCUCUGCCCGUAUCAACGCGGUACUCAACCAAGACUCCGGCAAGAUGGUCGAGGUUUGCGGCACCAUCACUCGCAGAGGACAACCGGUGAUGGAAGUGACAAGCCAGUUCCUUUACAGAGGCACGUACACGGACUUUGAGAAUACCUUCCAACGCAGACAGGAGACGCCCAUGCAGGUCACCCUCGCAACUUCCAAAGACAUUGCAGUUCUCCGUUCAAAGGAGUGGUUCCAUCUCGACGAGCCGGAUAUUGACCUGCUCGGACAGACACUGACCUUCCGUCUUUCGAGCUUGGUCCGCUUCAAGAACAAGACUGUUUUCUCCAAUGUGGAGACUGUUGGCCAAGUCGAACUUGAAUUGCCGACCAAGGAAAUCAUUCAAGUCGCAUCGGUCGAAUAUGAAGCGGGUGUCUCCCACGGAAACCCCGUUAUCGAUUACUUGGAGAGACACGGUCAAACCAUUGAUCAGCCCGUCAACUUUGAGAACGCUAUCCCACUGAGCGGCAAGACCCCCUUGUCCCUGAAGGCUCCAGCUUCGAACGAGACAUAUGCGCGUGUCUCUGGCGACUACAAUCCUAUCCACGUGUCUCGCAUCUUUGCAAGCUAUGCCAAUCUGCCGGGCACCAUCACGCACGGCAUGUACUCCAGCGCCGCUGUCCGAAGCUUGGUGGAGACAUGGGCCGCAGAAAACAACAUUGGACGUGUUCGCAGCUACCAUGUGUCACUCGUCGGCAUGGUUCUGCCCAAUGACGACCUCGAAGUCAAGCUUGAACACGUUGGCAUGGUUGCUGGUCGCAAGAUCAUCAAGAUCGAGACCACCAACAAGGAAACCGGCGACAAAGUCCUGCUCGCUGAAGCGGAAGUCGAGCAGCCCGUCUCCUCUUAUGUCUUCACUGGCCAAGGUUCUCAGGAACAGGGCAUGGGUAUGGAUCUGUACGCUCGGAGCGCUGUUGCCAAAGAGGUGUGGGAUCGGGCCGACCGUCAUUUCAUGGACAACUAUGGUCUGUCCAUCAUCAACAUCGUCAAGAACAAUCCCAAAGAGCUCACCAUUCAUUUUGGGGGACCUCGUGGAAAGGCCAUCCGUCAGAACUACAUGGCUAUGACCUUCGAGUCCAUCAAUGCUGACGGCACUGUCAAAUCCGAGAAGAUCUUCAAGGAGAUUAAUGAGAACACCAACUCGUACACCUAUCGUUCGCCGACUGGUUUGCUGUCGGCCACUCAAUUCACGCAGCCGGCGUUGACUCUGAUGGAGAAGGCCGCUUUUGAAGACAUGCGGUCCAAGGGCCUCGUUCAGCGCGACAGCAGCUUCGCCGGACAUUCUCUGGGAGAGUACUCUGCCCUCGCUUCCAUCGCCGAGGUCAUGCCCAUCGAGAGCUUGGUGUCAGUGGUGUUCUAUCGUGGCUUGACCAUGCAGGUGGCUGUCGAGCGUGAUGAGCAAGGCCGCAGCAACUACUCGAUGUGCGCGGUCAACCCGAGCCGGAUCUCCAAAACAUUCAACGAACAAGCCUUGCAGUACGUUGUGGAGAAUAUUGCGGAAACCACAGGCUGGCUGGUGGAGAUCGUCAACUACAACGUCGCCAACAUGCAAUACGUGUGCGCUGGUGACUUGCGGGCUCUCGACUGCAUGACGAAUGUGCUCAAUGUGCUCAAGAUGCAAAAGAUUGACAUCCAGGCAUUGAUGCAACAGAUGUCACUGGACGACGUCAAAGCCCACCUCGUGGAGAUCAUUGGCGAAUGCCGCAAGAAAACGGAGGCCAAGCCGCAACCGAUCGAACUCGAGCGCGGCUUUGCUGUCAUUCCUCUCAAGGGCAUCGACGUGCCUUUCCACAGCACCUUCUUGCGCUCUGGCGUCAAGCCGUUCCGGUCGUUCCUGUUGAAGAAGAUCAACAAGACCAGCAUCGAUCCGGCCAAACUCAUUGGCAAGUACAUUCCGAAUGUCACUGCCAAACCGUUUGAGAUUUCGAAGGAGUACUUUGAGGAGGUCUACCGGCUGACCAACUCGCCUCGCCUGGCGAAGAUCCUGGAGGAUUGGGAAUCGUACGAGAAUGCCACCGAUCCCGGCAUCCGACGUCUCUCUUCUACCGUGGCAUAA